AUGUCUAGUACAACAAGCUGCAACGAGCACGAAAUGGAUCAAAUCGACGGCACAAAUCCUCUAAACGAUUGGAACGCAAUCGGAGCGCAAGUUACUCAAAUGGCGGGUCCGUUCAAUUUGUCCCGCAGAGAGCCGAAGCGCAGAUGUGCACCGCAGAGACGGAACGGACUCCACCACAAGAGCGAUGGACCUCACUGCGUCCCAACAGCAGCAUCGCAAAAGUCGUCACGGCAGUGCUCGCCGGUGUCUUCCCGAGAAUCGACGAGUGGUGAGUCCCUAUUCAGUACCAGCUAUUCUAACACUAGUAGGCACACCGCUGUGCGCACCUAUUAG